GGAAAAGAGGUGGUUAUGCUCGGAAGUACAUUCCAAUGUGGGGAAAGAGCCAACUUUUACUUUCAGUGCUGUGAGUCUUACAGAUGGGACAGUGAGAGCGACAGAUGAGGAUAAUCUAACAACGGUGGCUGCUAUAGUGACCUGCAGGACUUCAGUGAGUGUCGUCAUGUUUUCUUUGCUGGGGGUAUUCCUGCUGGCUUUGAAUCUGCCAUCAUCCACAAAGGCUUUUAGUAACUAUGGAAGUUCAGCCACCCACAAGAGCAUAACAAGAGAUGUUAUAAUGCAAAAAGUGGCGGAAGUAUGUCGGGAGGAGUUGGAUGGUUUGGAGUUCAACCCCAGGGAUUCCUCACCUGAAGAGCUGGUCCAAGCUUGUUUGGGGCCAAAAGCAAAGGGAGAGGUUUCCAGUGUCAUGUUUCACAAAGCCCUUCGGGAAAUAUACUAUCCAAACGGGCUUGUUGAUCGAGACUUUGCCAACAGCGCCCCACAUCACUUCCACUCUGAAGCCUUUUAUGAGGGACGCGGGAUAAUAACAGAGGGUGUUGGAACCAUCAAGGCCAACUUGGAAGAGGGAAAUUUGAAAGCUGCCAGAGAGACACUGGGAAGAAUCCUUCACACUCUACAGGAUUUUUACAGUCACAGUAACUGGGUAGAACUGGGUAACACAGAGCCGUACAUCAAUCUAAUCCGCCCCUACCUUCCCUUGGAAGACCUUGCAGAUGUAAACACUCCCACAUGUCUUGACUGUGCCAGUGGAACAUGUUCAAACGCAAUCCUUCCCAACAUCCUAAAAGAGAAGAAACUCACCUCAGGCUACCUUGGACUCUAUUCUUCUGCAAAGCCUGAAGGUAAAUGCAGCCAUGGAGGUGAGGCCGACCAGACCAGCAAAACCAUUCCACGAGGAGGUAUUAGUAAAGAUGAGCCUCGAACGGAUAACAAAGCCCUCUUUGACGCUGCUGUAAAAGCUGCCACAGAAGCCACCAGUCAGCUACUCGAUGACAUCAUCCUAUCUGCAGGAAAUGAAGACUUUCUAAGAAUGAUGGGGGUGGCCCGUGCGUCUAUCCUGUCUUUUGUUAUUGACACCACUGGAAGUAUGUCAGAAGAAAUUGAAGAAGCCAGAUCUGUUGCUUUUGAAAUCAUUAACAGCAAAGAAGGAAUGCAGGACGAACCCUCAGAGUACAUUCUGGUGCCCUUCAAUGACCCAGAUUUUGGGCCUUUGUUCAGAACAACAGAUCCUGAGAAAAUGAAAAUAGAACUUUCAAAACUUACAGCAAAAGAUGGGGGAGAUGAACCAGAAAUGUGCCUGUCUGGAAUUCAGUUGGCCCUUACGGGAGCAUCAUCAUCAUCUGAAAUCUAUGUCUUCACUGAUGCAACAGCCAAAGACAUCGCCCUCAAGGACACCAUUGAUGCCCUCUUAAUCAGCACCAAGUCAACGCUAUCGUUCUUUAAGACCGGCGCCACUGGGAGGCGCCGUCGCUCUCUCAGAGCUGCUAGCUUUGAUGAUUACAAAGAUUUAGCUUUGGCAUCUGGAGGUCAGGCCAUCCGGGUUUCAAAGUCAGAGCUGCCUCAGGCGACAGACAUUAUCCGAGACACCUCAACUUCUGCUCUGGUAACAGUUCUGCAGAGAGCAAGAAAUGAUGGAACUGAGGAGACCUUUUCUUUCAUGUUAGAUGAAUCACUGAAAAAUAUCACUCUUUACAUCACAGGAAGAUCGAUUUCUUUCACACUCACCAACCCUACUGGUGUGAGCCAGACUCACAAUGAGGCCAAUGGUAAACUUGCUACGUUUCGGACUGUGGGAAACCUGUGGAGAAUCCGUCUUAGUGACGACAGACAGACAGGAACUUGGCAGAUUAGCAUCAAAUCCAAUGGGCCAUACACAUUAACCAUCAGAGGUCAGAGCACAGUUACCUUCAUCUAUGACUUUGUGGAAAGCUUCUCAGGACCUCAUCUGGGGUAUGCACCCCUCAGUGGGCGUCCACAAGCAGGUCAACCGGCCACGCUGAUGCUCUUAGUGACUGGGAGAAAUGGUCCAUCCUCAGUGACCGUUAAAAACAUUGACCUUGUUAUGGCGUCCAGUCCAGAGACCAUUACCAGCUGUAAAAUACACAACAUGGGCAAUGGCGACAUCCUGGCAACUGUUGAUGCUGUUCCUAAGGAGAAUUUUGUGAUUUCUGUCAAAGGAACAGACAAAGUUUCAAACAGCGACUUUCAAAGACAGUCCACCACUCGAAUGUCCGUCUCCAGUGUUCACAUCAAGGCUGUGGUGGACAAAAGUGUGGAGCCAGGAAAAAUCGUAAUCCUCCCCUUCAGUGUCGUAACACAGGGGGAUGGUGGUUUGUAUACCAUAAAUGCCAGAAAUGACCGAGACUUUCCCAUGAACUUCCCAAGCAGCCUCACACUAACAUCUGGACUGUACUCUAACGCUACACUGACUGUGACACCGCCUGCCAACACGCAGUCAGGAACAGAUGCCACUUUGACUAUUGAGGCUAAAUCCCCUGAUGGUGCUGACUCCAAUUUCAUCAUCCUGAGAUUGUCUGUUGUCACCAAGAUUACAGAUUUUUUCCCUCCACAGUGUGGAGACGUCACGGUUGUGGCUGAUGAUUGCCCGCGGGAUGCGUCGAUGUGUGGGUCUUUCCGCUGGGAGCUGUCAGCUAACAUCACUGAUGACAAUGGCACAGGAAUCAAAAGCAUUUCCCUGCGUCAGGGUAAUGGAAACCUCUCACACACCCUGCUGACUGACCCCGUUGUCCAAGUAGUCUACAGCGCCUCCUGCUGCUCGCAGACUGUAGAGAUUGUGGCUGUAGAUAAAGUUGGAAAUGCAGGCAGGUGCUACCAUUCCAUAGCUCGCUCAGGUAGCCCUCCUGCUCUACAUCUGUCACUGCUGCUGUGGCUUUGCCUGCUGGUCUCAGUCUUCUCUGUGAAACCUUGACAAGUUUGGUUUAACUGAGACAGUCUUUGAAAAGCUGCAGCUAAGCUUCCAAUAUUUUUUUGUCAUAUGAGCAGUUGUCAGCUUUUGCUCAGUUUGUUUUCUGUACUGUUUGGUUAUGUUCUUCUUUUCUGGACGUAUUGAUACACAUGUGUUUCUAAUUUAAAAGAGAGACUUUUCUCAUGAAAAAGUCCUAAAAUCAUGCCAAAAAAAAACGCUUUAGCAAAAAAUGCAGAAAACAUAAAUUUCUACAGUAAGAAUAUUACAAUAGGAGGCUUGUUGUUUUAAUCUGAACGUCUGCAAUGACCAGACUACGCUGAUGAGUUCCAUACAACACAAUUUAUUAAGAGACACAAAAAUCUGUUCACACAAUUGUGUACAGUUUUCAAACUCACUGGAUAUUACUUUUCUUUUUUUGAAAAACUAAUAAAUCCAUACAAUUUU